GCUAGAGGUAACCUAGUUUUUCGCUCGUGUAUGCAUUUGUCUCAUUCGAUUAUCAGGAUUUUGACCAGCACAUUAACAACCUGCGCGACCAACUGCUGUUUCUCAAUGAGACUCUCGAAGGGACAGAUCACAAUGCCCCUGACUGGCUCGCGACGGAUCUUAUAUCGCUACGAAACAAAUCAGGCAGACUACAUGACGACAUGAAGAGGUUUAGAGACCAGCUUGAAAGCGAAGGGUUGGCAGAGAAGAAGGUCAAGGCGUCCAACAAGCGACUCAGUAUCGAAGGCGUAAAGCGCGCUUCAUUCACGCCUCAACCUCAGGGCUAUACGCCGGAUUCUCAAGCGAUAUCCUCUUCCACAAGCCAAUCACCCGCCCAACACGCAAAGACAACUCAAGCAGAAGGUGCCGAACUAGUUCAGCAUGUCGACGUUACAGAAGAAGUCAACCGGCGGCUACAAGAGAGCCGCUUACGGCGCUUGAUGCAGAAUCCCAGUACGGCGCAGAAGCGAAAGUACGAUGCAUACGAGGAAGCACCGCGACCGGAAGAUCCGGUCGGAGCAGAUGAGGAAGGCCCCAAGGACAGCCACAGUACAGGCGAAAGCGAGCAAACGCCGACGAAACGACUCAGGGGUAGUGGGGUGUUUGAGCAGAUGGGAAGCAGAAGCCAUGAAGGUCCUGUGCGGUACGACACGGAGCGCUUCGACGACAGGACCGACGUGAAGAGACGAAAAUUUCGAUGAUAGGCACGGGGUCUUCUCAAGCAAGAUGGUGGAAGAUGCUUGGAGUGCAGCAUGAACUCUGUUGUGCGUCGGCAAUGCAGCAAAUGUACACAAGACGAUUGCUGGCUCAAGCCCAACACUACUGUACUAUGGUGUUUUCU